AUGGAAAUUUUGGCGAUGAAGAAUAAUUUCGAUUACACUGUUAUCAAAUCCACGAGAAAAUGGUGGUAUUGCCGAUGUAAGGAUGCAUUAUGCAAUUGGAGUGUGCGUGCAGAAGGUCUGGACGGGUCUGCAUAUUUCAUGAUCAACCGGUGUGAGGAACGACAUUCAUGUGCACCUUCAAAGAAAAGCAAUUUCGGAAAAACAGCAUCGGCAAGAACAAUUGGGGCACUAAUACAACAUCGAUACGGUGAUGCCAACGAUGGUCCAAAACCAAAUGACAUCAUUGACUUUAUGAGAUUGGACCAUAGUUGUGAGAUUACUUAUGGACACGCUUGGGAAGCUCGGGAGUUUGCUAUUGCAGCUGCUAGAGGUAUACCAGAUCGCAGUUAUGCUAAAAUACCAUCUUAUUUGCAUAUGCUUAAAGAAGCUAAUCCUGGUACGCAUACUCACUAUGAAAUUAAUGACAAGGGGAGAUUCAUGUAUCUAUUUAUGGCAUUUGGGCAAUCAGUUAGAGGAUACUACAAUGCAAUGCGAAGGGUGAUUGUUGUUGAUGGAACUUUUCUGAAAAAUAAAUACAGAGGAGUUCUACUUGUUGUUACUGCCGUAGAUGGUAACUCUAACUUGUAUCCGAUUGCAUUUGGAGUUGUUGAUUCAGAGAAUGACGAUUCAUGGGGUUGGUUCUUCAGACAGUUGAAAAUGGUUAUUGCUGACUGUCAAGACUUGGCUUUUGUCUCAGAUAGAAAUGUGUAUCACUCUCGCGGAGAACCCAAGACCAUUCUCAUGCAGCUUAAAAAUCUGACUAAAAACCGGAUCUUUCUUCACUUCUCUCAACUCAUUUGGCAGCCACUCCUCCAACUUUUUGAUAAUGAAGUCGAUCCUGCAGUUGUUGUUGAUCUGAGUCACUUGGGUCUCCUCGCCCUCCUUAAAAAUCCUCUUCGGUAA